UUGUUGCUACCGCACGUGGUAUUUGUUAGAAUUGGUGCUGCAUUUUAUUUAUUUUUGAUUGAAUUCAUUUUAACAUUAAAGCAAAAUGCCCAGAUCAAAAAGAGAUAAGAAAAUUUCCCUUACAAAAACUGACCGCAAAGGUUUAGCCUGGAAGCAACAAAUUAUUGAAGACAUCAGAAGAUGCGUAGAAAAAUACCCAAAUAUAUUUGUAUUUCAAGUUCAAAAUAUGCGCAACAAUUUGUUAAAGGAUUUGCGACAAGAAUGGAAACAUAAUUCCCGUUUUAUUUUUGGUAAAAAUCGCAUUAUGCAAAUUGGUUUGGGUCGCACCAAAGCGGAAGAAGUUGAAACAGAUCUGAGCAAGCUUUCCAAGAGAUUGACCGGUCAAGUGGGAUUGCUGUUUACAGAAACUGGCAAAAAAGAGGUUUUGGAGUGGGCGCAAAACUAUUGGGCUGUUGAAUAUGCACGCAGUGGAUUUAGAGCUACCGAAACAGUGGUGUUACCCGCUGGUCCUCUAGAAGAAUUUGCACAUUCCAUGGAGCCACAUUUAAGAUCACUUGGAAUGCCAACAAAAUUGCAAAAGGGUAUAGUGACACUCGUCUCUGACUACACAGUAUGUGAGGAAGGCAAGGUGUUAUCGCCAGAACAGGCCCGCAUUCUCAAACUUAUUGCUAAGCCCAUGGCCAAAUUUCAAUUAACCAUGAAAUGCUCUUGGACUAAAACAGAUGGUUUUGAAUUGCAUGUACCGGAUGACAUCAAUGAUGACGAGGAUAUAGCUGACAGUGGCCAAGGCGAUGAAGUAGAUGAGGAGGAAGAGGCCAUGGACCAGGAGGAUGAUUCUGAUGAGGAUGAAGACGAUGAUGAAUAGAGAAUUGUAGUCGUUAUGUAUGAAUAUAUGCAUAUACCUGUUUUAGCAUAGUUUAAAGUAUAGCGUAAGAUUUAUUUUUUCAUUAAAUUGUACAAUUUUAAAAGAUACAAA